AUGGUGUAUCUAGAGCGCCAGCACACUGGCGAGGGCAGUGAACAAGAUUUUAGCGGGAGGCAGUCUGAGAACAGACUUUGCUUGGUCGCCCUUCCACCUGAGGUGCUCAUCAACAUCUUCAGCCAUGUUGAUGAAAAAGACCUGUACGUUCUGCAACAGGUGUGCUCGUACUUCUCCUGCCUGAUUAACGAUGAAGAGCUGUGGAAGAAUCUGUUUGUUUCGAAGAUUCAUACUUCCUUCUUCCCUUCCUUUGCUCAGAGCCACAAGUAUAGUGUAGAAUACAUGGAACGGGUACGGGGACUGAAGCAAUGGAAGCAUAAUAGAGCCAUCAAGACGAAGUAUGUUUUGUCUCCGUCACCAAGGUUCCAAGCGCAGAUUGAAAAGCUUAUAUUCGACUAUCCUCGCUGUGCCUGCUACAACGAUGGCAUCAUCACUUUGGUGCAGCUUCACUCUAGGAGAAAGAAGGACAGGCUAAUCUAUAUACCAUGCACUACUCCUCAGGGGUGUUCGACGAUGAGUUUCAAUAUCAACGCUGCAGUGUUUGGACGAUUUGACGGCAGAGUUUUUGGCAAGCUGCUCAGCAACAAGUCCUAUCUAACGCCUGUGACAGAAUUUGACGCAAGACAUUCGUCGUGUGUCACAGCAAUCACUACAUCUGUAUCACAGGAUUCCCUCGAAGAUUGGUGCGUUAGCGGAUCGGAGAGUGGCGAUUUGAUAUGGUGGUGCGAAACGCACAUGGUCAAUUCAUUGAAGAUCUCCAGCAAAGUGAUAUUGCAAGUGGCACUGUACAAGAAUUGGACCGUUGCAUUGGAUAUCGAAAAAGUGUAUGUCAUUAGGGACAUGAAGGACAUCUAUAAGAUAACGCUACCGAAAGUGAAAAACUCCGAUGGCAUGGAUAUGACGAUACAGGUACAGUUUCAAAAGGUCGACUUCGGUUCAAUGUCUCUGGUAAUAGCCGAUACUCGACACAUUUUUGUGAUAUCACUUAAUCCUGAGGGCGAUUUUGGCCGAUGGCGCUCGAUGUUCGUGAGUGAGGGUAUCAGUAAUCUCGAAAUCGAUGCAGGAACCUCUAGAAGAGAGCAAAAUAAAAACUUGGCAGGCCAGGAUGGUUGCUACGUUGCAAUAAUGACAGUGGAAAACUCCAUCAAAAUACUCAAUAUUAGAGCCCCUGGUAAUAACCUUAAAGUGGAGAAUGACCUGCGGUUCGAUGAGCAUAUAUUCACUUGUCAGAUCAGUAAUCUGGUCUUAGUAUGCGCGUUAAGUGGUCAAUUGCAGAUUUUCGAUGCAGCUGGGGCUACUCUGAUAAAGACUGUGCAAAAGACAGACAAGUACCCUCAACUUUUGGCGAUAUCUCAAGGCAAGAUGGUAAUAGGAAGCGGUAACGUCAUCCAUUUCUUAGAGUAUACUCCAGAUGCGUCAUAUGGGAAAAAACGGCGAGGUUCUGGCCUGCGUGGCCACAGCAACAAAUGGGAGCGUAGGGUUGACGCAGAGCUGGCUCUUUAUGAUGAAGAGGAAUCCUUACGAAGGAAAAAAGCGGUUGAACAUGAAAGGUUACUGGAAACUUACGGCGGCGACCUCAGUGACGAUGAACUGCAGCUAAGGAUAGCUCUUAUGGAGUCUGAAACAUCUAAUGAGCCGGGUCCGGGUUCGACGCGAGAGAAUGAUGAGGACGCUGACCUGAAAAGGGCGAUUGAGGAAUCUCAGAGGAUGCAUCAAAAUCAGCGAUUUCUCGAGACCUUCGCGGAUGAGGAGGAUGAUGAAUUUUUAGAAGCGUUGGAACGGUCGAGCACUGAACAGCGGCAAGUUCAGGGCCGAAGUUUAUCUCGUCGAACGCCGCGGAUCAUGGACGGAGGUAGAAAUGACACUGGUAGUAACGAAACCUAUCAACCGCACGUUCCCGAUGACGAUGAAGCCCUUCAACUGGCACUGGCCUUGUCUCUGAGUGAAAUGCGCUGA